UUAUACGCCAUGUGAAACCGUAUGCCUAUUUAAACCACUGGCACAAGUGUAAAUGAAACACACAGUACCUGGUUUAUUUGAGUGCAACAGACGCAUAGAUAACGCGAAACUCUCAGAGUGCUAAAUACGUUUAUGUUUUAUUCAGUCUUGUUUCACAUCUGGUGUAAAAGGACAAAAAAUAUCAGAUUUUCCGUCCGCAAAGUAAAUUUGCCAAUUACUUUGAGCAUACCGAUAGAAUGGGGAUGAAAUUUGCCUUGAUUUUUUGCCAUAUGUUUGGCCUACUUUUAAUCGUGAAUAACGUCCAUGGAAAAAUAGAUAUAAAAAACUUGCCAUGUUUCGCAAGCCGUUCAUGUUAUUCACGACCUACUCGCAAAGACACGUUCGAUGACUUCAAAGAGAUCUCGGACAACGUCCAAAGUAAUGAGCCACAAGAAACCAAAACAUUAUUCAGAAUGAAAGGCGAUGAUAAACCAUUAGCCAACCUGCCAAAGCGAUGGAAGCAGGCUAUUCGUGAUGUUGUUGCCUUAGCUAUGAGUGAUUCGCGUCAACAAGUGUUCACAUCUGCGACUAACUUAGACGCGUUAAAGUCGUCCUCGAAUUGGAAUGACGUUCAGCAGACAAACACCGAAUAUUAUUUAGAUAACAAACAAGAUAUUGAGACAAAUAAGAUUCAGGACAAUCGUCUCAAUCUUUGGAAACUACUAAUGAAGAACAGAAAAUAGAAAACCAAAGUACUUUUUGAUAUUAUAUAUUAUCAAUGUUUGUAUCCUGAGUUCAAUAAGUGGGCCUCUGUAUAUCAGCAUUGCUGCAAGAGUCGCCCACAUUAAAUAUGGUUCAAAUGUCCAACGACUAAUGAGCCCAACAAUCGGUUUUUGCACGGCUGGUGUUCCAUACAAAUGGUUCAGUAAAUGCACAUAGGCGUAUUCCUAAAUUCACAACUGUGUUAUCACAAUGGACAUUUCAUACAAAAUUAAUUGCAUUGUUGUAUUCAUUACUAAGUUUAUUAUGGUGAUUAUCAUCGUCAUCAUUAUUGUAUAUUAUUAUUACUAUAAUUAUUUACUAAAAUAGGAAAUUAAGGACGUCGUGUGCUUCUACUGCGAACUAAAACAUUAAUUCCACACUCGAACAUUAUAUAUAUAUAUAUAUAUAUAUAAUAGUGUUAUAUAUAUAUAGAUUUGACAGAUAUAUAAGUGCUUUACUAUAUA